CUGCGCCGAUUGAUUGCGCGACGGCAGCAAGUGCGUGAGAGAGAGGUGUUUUUUUCUCUCAAACAACGAGGUUAGUUAGGUAGGCCUUUUGCGUACGAAGCAUCAACAUGCCUCCCAAGAAGGACGCAAAGGGAUCCUCCAAGCAGCCCCAGAAAACCCAAAAGAAGAAGGAGGGAGGAUCUGGUGGCAAAGCCAAAAAGAAGAAGUGGUCCAAAGGAAAAGUUAGGGACAAGUUAAACAAUGCUGUGCUAUUUGACAAAGUCACCUAUGACAAAUUGCUGAAAGAAGUCCCCUCGUACAAACUCAUCACACCUGCAGUCCUGAGUGAAAGAUUGAAGAUCAGAGGAUCUUUGGCCAGGAGGGCACUAAUCGAAUUGCACAGCAAGGGCUUGAUUAAACAAGUUGUUGCACACCAUGCUCAGUUGAUCUACACCAGAACCACCAAGGGCGAUGACCCAGUUGUGUAAAUUUAAGUGUAUAUUGAUUUAAUAAAAAAAACUUAAAAAUCAAAA